GGAAACGCGUCCUCGUCAAAAAUUUUGAGCUUUGUCUCGUCUUAAGCACAACCACUACCACUAAUGACUGCCGUUGCUGUUUGGAGUAUCUUGUUGACGCCAGGCCAAAAGGAGACAAUCGUCCCUCAGGCAGACCUGCAGAUCAAGAACGCCGCUCUUGGAGAAAAAUUAUCUGAUGAGUCUGGCAGAACGACUGUCAAGUUAACCUACGCAAGUCCUGCAAAAAUUGAUGACGAAGAUGAACUCGACGAAGAGUCUCCAGAAGAUGAGAUCACUGCUGUUCUCUGUUCGCUAACUGCUGGCAAGAUUGAGCAGUCAGCAUGCGACCUCAUCCUUGAGAGCGAUGAGGAGUAUACCUUUGAGCUCAUUGGAAAAAACACCGUCUACCUCUAUGGAAACUACAUUGACCAGAAUACAAAUCAACCACCUUACGAUUCUGACAUGGACUCUGACAUGAGUGACGAGGGGGCCUACAACCUGGAUGAUGUCAGCUCGGACGUUGAGGUACAUCCUGAUGAGCUUCAAGGUCUCGAGGAUGAUUCUGAUCGCUUCGAGGAAUUGCCUGAGGACGAACCAAAGGCAGAAGAGCCCAAGCCGUCGAAACGUCCUCGUGAUGACGCUAUGGACACUGACACGCAACCUGCUGAGAAGGUCUCCAAAAAAAAGAAAGCAAAGAAGCAGAAGGGUGAAGAUGGGAAGGCAAUCCCUGUUGCCGUUGAGGAAAAAGCAGCCGAACCCAAGGGCGAGAAACAAGAAGAGAAAAAAGCCGACAAAAAGGAGAAGAAAAAGCAAAAGGCUGCUGAGGAGAAGAAGGGUGGGGCCUCCAAGGAACUCGCUGGCGGGGUUAAGAUUCGAGACGUAAAAAUCGGUGAUGGCAAGACCGCCAAGCAUGGCGCCAAAGUUUCUAUGCGUUACAUCGGAAAAUUGCAGAACGGAAAGAUCUUUGAUCAAAACACCAAGAGCAAACCCUUCAACUUCAAGCUUGGGUCAGGCGAGGUAAUCAAAGGUUGGGACGUCGGAGUCGCUGGCAUGCAAAUUGGUGGGGAACGUGAGAUUAUUGUACCACCAGCAAUGGGUUAUGGCGCACGGAAGAUGGCUGACAUCCCUGCCAACUCCACUCUGAUCUUUGAGGUGAAAUGUCUGGAGAUCAAGUAAAACUGUUGCACAUUUUCGUACAUGGUAGUAUACUUGUGGUUGGUACCUGGUGACAUCUGUUAACCGCGGUUAUGACUUGCA